CCCUCCUUCCUCUCGCCUUCUUCGCGUUCCCCUCAGGGUUUUGGGUUUGUUUUUUUUUUUUUUUUUUAGGCCUCGCGCGCAGCCUCGGCCUCGCUUAGGGCAGCCAAGCCGGGCGAUGACGACGACGCCGUCGCCGCUGCUGCUGCUGCUUCUGCUGGUAGUGGUGCUGCUUCUGAGGCGGGUCCCUCGCUAAAGGCGCAACGGAACGCCGGCCUCCGCCGCUGCCAUGCCGGCUAAAAGGAAACUGGUGCCGCCGGCCCUCAACAUCACCCCGACCAUCGCUGAGGGACCCAGCCCCACCGGCUGCGAGGGCGACGGCUCCGAAGCACACCUUGUUGACCUCCAGAAAAAACUGGAAGAACUGGAGCUGGAUGAGCAGCAGAAGAAACGGCUGGAAGCUUUUCUCACCCAGAAGGCCAAAGUGGGAGAACUGAAAGACGACGAUUUCGAGAGGAUUUCGGAACUGGGAGCUGGCAAUGGUGGGGUGGUCACCAAAGUACAACAUAAACCCUCAGGGCUAAUUAUGGCACGGAAGCUGAUUCAUUUGGAGAUCAAGCCUGCCAUACGAAACCAGAUUAUCCGGGAGCUCCAAGUGCUUCACGAGUGCAAUUCUCCAUACAUCGUCGGUUUCUACGGCGCCUUCUACAGUGACGGGGAGAUCAGCAUUUGCAUGGAGCAUAUGGAUGGCGGUUCCUUGGAUCAGGUUUUGAAAGAAGCCAAGAGGAUUCCUGAAGAAAUUUUGGGCAAAGUCAGUAUAGCAGUUCUGCGAGGAUUGGCUUAUUUACGAGAGAAGCACCAAAUCAUGCACCGAGAUGUGAAGCCUUCUAACAUCUUGGUGAAUUCCCGAGGUGAGAUUAAGCUGUGUGAUUUUGGAGUCAGCGGGCAGCUCAUCGACUCCAUGGCCAAUUCCUUCGUGGGCACCCGAUCCUACAUGUCUCCUGAACGUUUACAAGGCACUCACUAUUCCGUUCAGUCGGACAUCUGGAGCAUGGGUCUCUCCCUGGUGGAGCUGUCAAUCGGACGGUAUCCCAUCCCCCCGCCCGAUGGCAAGGAACUGGAAGUGAUCUUUGGUCGUCCCAUAGUCGAUGGGGCCGAAGGGGAACCCCACAGCAUCUCUCCACGGCCCAGGCCCCCAGGACGUCCUGUUAGUGGUCAUGGGAUGGACAGCCGCCCUGCCAUGGCCAUUUUUGAAUUGCUUGACUACAUUGUGAAUGAGCCACCUCCAAAACUGCCGGCCGGAGUUUUCACCCAAGAAUUCCAGGAGUUUGUAAAUAAAUGCUUAAUUAAAAACCCUGCUGAACGGGCAGAUCUAAAGAUGCUGAUGAAUCACACCUUCAUCAAGUGCGCCGAGGUGGAAGUGGUGGAUUUUGCCGGCUGGCUAUGCAAGACGCUGCGGUUGAAGCAGCCCAGCACCCCCACCCGCACGGCCAUGUGACCGCCACGCCAGCUGCCUUGUUCUUCCUCCUCCUCCCUCCCUCCCUCCCUCCCUCUCUCGUGCACCUGCUUGUCUGCUGCUGUUCGCUGCCCUCCCGGCAGAAGGAAGAAGCCCCUUGCCUCGCCUCCCUCAGUCUUUGCACCCGGAACAAGCCAGGCAGGAGAGUUGUCAAGAAAGAGAUUGUCCCUCUCUUUCUCUCUCUCUCUCUCUCUCUCUCUCUCUUGCGGCCCCGAGAGCAGAAAGGAGCCUCGGCUUCUCCCUCCUGUGACUGUUCUCGGGUUUGGUUUGGUUUCUCUUCCUGCGGUGGGAGAAUCCCUCGCUCUCUGCAAGCUCUCGGGUUUGGGUGGGUAGGGCUGGCCGAGAUGGGCCUGGCUGCUGAUUGGUUUCGAGAAGAGAGGAAAGAGUUUCCAGGAUAGGCUGGCUGUAUCUGUCUCUUUUCCUUCCUUCCUUCCUUCCUUCCUUCCUUCCUUCCUUCCUUCCUUCCUUCUCCUCUUCUCUCCUCUCCUCUCCUCUCUAUCUCUUUUUGUCUCUCCCUUCCUCUCUCUUUUCUUCUUUUCCUCUUCUUCUCUCUAGCUUCCUCUCUGUCUCACUUUCUCUUUCUUUUUGGACGACCAUUUAUCCAAAAUAGUAUAGGGUUUCCUGCUAGAGCAGAGGGUUGGACUAAGACCUCCAAGUAUCCUUCCAACUCUGUUAUUUUGGUUUUUAUCUAUCUAUCUAUCUAUCUAUCUAUCUAUCUAUCUAUCUAUCUUAUCUAUCUACCUACCUACCUACCUACCUACCUACCUACCUAUCUUUUUCUCUUUCCCUCUCAUCCUUCCUUCCUUUCCUUCCUUCCCAUUUCUGUCUCUUUCUUUCUCUCCCUCCCUCUUUCUGUCUCCCUCCCCCUCUCUCCCUUUCUCCCUCUCCUUUUCUGUAGGUGAAUCUAAGGGUGGGCAUUUGCUGAUGGGCAGAGAUCUCACUGUCUGGGGCAGCCAGGGCAAAGCAGGCAGUUUAGCCAAUCAGAUGGCUUUGUGGUUGCCUCUUGGACCCCUGGCCCAGGAAGCGGAAGGGCCCCUGUUGACUUCCUGGAAGCUGUUUGGGAGCAGAUAGUGAAAAAAACGGCCCGAUUAAGGAAAUGCGUCUCUGGCCAAGCUCUCGACUCCUUCCUGUGACCCUCCUCUCUUCUGCUCCGCUUGCCUGCCUGCCUGCCUUUGGUUUUGUUCUGGGACCUUCCUUUGAAGGGGAGUGGGCAGGAAUUGGGGCCUGGGGGUGAAGAGGCAGGCAGGAGGUGUCCUCGCUCUGCCUUCAGACUUGGCACACUUGAAGGACCUUCUCCGUCCAAGGCUUCGGUGACAUGACGAGUCUGAAGCCAUUACAGCAUGCUGGAUUUUGGCAGUGGGGGGGGAUGCCCUCGGAGGAUAGCUUGAGGUCGCGGUGGGCAGAAAAGCUGUUGGGUCGUGGUUUUGUGAUGGUUGUAAGUGCGAGGACCGGUUGUCCAUCCCUUUUUUUUUUCAGGGCCUUGAACGCCAGCAGCGCCUCUGGCCUUGGCCGUCCCUUCUCCCCUCCCGUGUUUUGCUGCUUGGAUACAGCCAGGCAUCGCUCUGGUUUCCCCCUUAAGGCUCGCCCGGCUUCUUCUGUUUUCCUUUCUUUGGGCUCGGCUGCUUCUGCACCGCUGUCCCAGGAGGCUGCGGUGUCAUCAUAGCAGUUGGGCUGCACACCUGGGGCUCUUCUGGGUGGGGCUGCUGCCCUCAGCCUCCUUGGCUCUGGGGAGAGGCAGCCACUGCGGAGGAGGAGGAGGAGGAGGACUAAAAGUUUCAUUGGCUGGGCCAGGUUUUCAGCCCCCUUGCCUCCCUCCCUCCCUCCCUCCCAUCCAUCCUAUUUAUCUUUUUCUUUCUCCUUCCUUCCAUUUCCUUCCUCUCCCUCUCUGCCAUCUGUUUAUCCUUCCUGUCUUUCCUUCUUUCUCCCUACUUCCAUCUCCCUUCCUUCCUUCCUUCCUGUUUAUCCCUUUCUUCCCAUUUCUUCCCAUUUCCUUUCUUCCUCCCUCCCUUCUCAUCUAUUCCUCCUCCCUUCCUCCCUCCCUUCUCUCCCUCUCCUUUCCCUUUCCCUUUUUCUUUUUCUGUCUCUUCCCCUUCUUAAAAUUUCCCCGUGGGCUAAAGGCACGCUUUGAUUGCCAACACGGACUUGUUGGUUCCCAAAAAACCGGUUACAGUCCUGCAGGACCAAGAACAGGGUGAUGUUAUUACUGGAGGGGAAUGAUAAAUGUCCCAAAUCA